CAUGCGCGGGACCCGCCGGCGGGCGGGAUCAUGGCGCGGGAGGGUCUCGGCAGUGCCGCUAUAGAACCGGGGCGGCCGGCGGCCAAGCCCGUGAGCGCCGCGGCCAUGUCUUCCAUCGCCUCGUACGAGAGCCUGGUGCACGCCGUGUCGGGGGCCGUGGGCAGUAUGACUGCAAUGACUGUGUUUUUUCCUUUGGAUACAGCUAGACUUAGACUUCAGGUUGAUGAGAAGCGGAAGUCUAAGACAACACCAGCAGUCUUACUGGAAAUAAUCAAAGAAGAAGGCCUGUUGGCACCAUAUCGAGGAUGGUUCCCUGUUAUCUCCAGUCUUUGCUGUUCCAAUUUUGUUUAUUUUUAUACAUUUAAUAGUCUUAAAGGUCUCUGGGUCAAAGGUCAGCAUUCAACCACUGGAAAAGACUUGGUUCUUGGGGUUGUUGCAGGUGUAGUGAAUGUUCUCUUGACCACUCCUCUUUGGGUGGUGAACACACGUCUGAAGCUGCAGGGAGCAAAAUUCAGAAAUGAAGACAUCGUACCGACCAAUUACAAAGGCAUAAUAGAUGCCUUUCAUCAGAUAAUACGAGAUGAAGGAGUUUUAGCUUUAUGGAAUGGUACUUUCCCCUCCUUGCUUCUGGUCUUCAAUCCUGCCAUACAGUUCAUGUUUUAUGAGGGCUUUAAACGGAAGCUUUUGAAAAAGCAGCUGCAACUCACAUCUUUGGAUGCUUUUGUCAUUGGUGCAGUAGCCAAAGCAGUUGCCACCACGCUCACUUAUCCUCUGCAGACAGUGCAGUCAAUUCUGCGGUUUGGACGCCACAGGUUGAACCCAGAGAACCGAACUCUAGGCAGUCUUAGAAAUAUUCUUUACCUUCUUCAACAGAGAGUGAGGCGUUUUGGAUUAAUGGGACUCUACAAAGGCCUUGAAGCAAAGCUCCUGCAGACAGUCCUCACUGCUGCUCUUAUGUUUCUAGUGUAUGAGAAACUGACUGCUGCAACCUUCACAGUCAUGGGAUUAAAGCAUUCACGUAGGCAUUGAAAAAGGGACCUAUGCCAAAGAUUAUGGGGUCUAGAAAACACAUGCUGUUCUGAGACCAGACUGGGUACAAAGGGUGCUCACUUCCUCUAUUUCUUUUUACCCAUUUCCAUCUCCAUUAUUUGGAGAAAUUUGGAAUACACUCUAUAGGGCCUGGUAUCAGGAGUUCAGGAAUAGCCCAUUCCUUAUUUUUCUGUGGACUCACAGUGUUACGGAACAAAGCAGAGACCUUAUUUAAGCACUUGACAUGAGAUUUUAACGAUCUGGUUGACAUUCAUGGCAAGAACAAGUCUCACUUUGCUUUCUUGUUUUCCUUCAAAUAAUCCUCAGCUAUUCUUCUACCUUUACCUUCUGUCAGCAGCUGCUGGGGCUGGUUUUAUGUUAUUUUCCUUGUCCUGUGUUUAUGUCAAUUCUUACGUGGUUCAUUAAAAUAAUUCAUAAAGAA